AUGUCGGUGCACAGCAGCGAAUCAAAGGACAGCAGCUGCGACGGUGCAGGCGGAAGACAUCAGCCAUGCUGUGCCUCUGGACUCCUGCCGGCCAAGUUAACUAUCGUGGUUGGAGACACUCACUUCUCUGAGGAGAAGAUGGUUCUAGUUCAGAGCUGUGACUACUUCCGAGCUCUGUAUCGCUCUGGGAUGAAAGAGUGUUGGCAGAAAGAAAUCCACCUCAAGUCUCUGCGUGCUCGAGGCUUCCUUAUUGCCCUGGCGGUCUUACGAGAUGAGAUGCCCAUCCUGGACGGCGACGACAUUGUUGAGGCCAUCGAAUGCGCUGCUUUCUUGCAGGUGGCGCCGCUCACUAAGCACCUCAUCAACAUCAUCGACUCUGACAACUGUUUGCUGAUGUAUCACACAGCCGCAACCUUCGGCCUCAUGGAUCUAUACCGCGCUGCUGCGCUGUUUAUCCGAAACAUGUACGCCGACUUUGAGGCAGAGGUCAGGAAAACCCUUCCUUCAGAGCUGAUCUCCUACGUGGAGUCGUUGACCCCGAGUGUUUUCGUGGCUGUGGGGGCCCAUGUGACCUGCGGUGUGGAUGAAACUGUACACGCUGCCUCCAGGACGGUCUGCUACCUGGAUGAAGCUGCCAACAGCUGGAAAGUAUUAACAGAUCUUCCUCUGCAGGCCAGCACGUCAAUGGCUGGAGUGACUGUUUUAGACAACAAACUCUACAUAGUCGGAGGAGUUCACGGACUUCAUAAACAAGUCGUGGACUCUUGUUUCUGCUACAGCGUUGAAAACAACAGCUGGAGCAGGAUCUCCAGUCCGGCACAGCUGCGAUACAAUCUCAGCCUUGUGGGUGUAGACGGUCGUCUUUACGCCAUCGGAGGAGAGUACGAGAGAACAGUGAUGUCUUCGGUGGAAACAUACGACGUAAGUUCCGGGAGGUGGGGCUUCGCCGCUCACUUACCUCGACCGGCGACGGGAGCGGCGUGCACCAAGGCCAUGAACAGGAUAUUUGUGUGUUUAUGGCGGCCGAUGGAGACCACAGAAAUCUACGAGUAUGUUCCGAAGAAAGACGAGUGGCUGCUCAUCAGCACGCUGAUCAGGCACCAGAGCUACGGCCACUGCAUGGUCGGCCACAGGGACAGCCUUUACGUCAUGAGAAACGGGCCGUCGGACGACUUCCUCAGAUGCCUGAUGGACUGCUAUAACCUCAGCUCGGGCCAGUGGUCAUCUCUGCCCGGACACUUCGCCAACAGCAAAGGUUCACUGUUCACGGCGGUGGUGAGAGGCGACUCCGUGUUCACGCUCAACAGGAGCGCGACGCUGGAGUACGGCAUCGACGGUAAAAACUGGAAGCCCCGUCGGCAGAUGAAGGGUUUCCCCAGAAGUGGAUCUGUGUGGACGUUUCUGCUCCAGCUGCCAGACACUCGCAUGCUGCAGUAG